UUAUCGAGUACACUCGUUUGAAAUUUGACAUUCGAUAACGAGUUGUAAUUCAAACGAACAUAACGAAAUGUCAUUCGAUUGAUAAUUUGCAAUCGUUAAUUCAAAAGUUUUCAAACGUCGUGAGUCUACUCAGAAAAAAUCAAAUAAAAUGACAAAUGUUAAUAAAAUCAACAUGAGACAAAAAAAUUUAAUGGCCGAAUACAUGCUUCGGCAUCAAGACUUGGCCAAAAAUAUGUUGCCGAAUUGUGGUCAGGGCAAAGCUGCUGCCAAUAAAUUGUGGGACUCCUUGGCGGUUCUGCUUAAUGCGGCCGGUCCACCAAUGAAGGAUGCUAAGUCUUGGCGGAAAGUAUUUGCUGAUCAAAAGCACAACGUCAAAAACAAGUUGCCUUUCAACAAAGCAUCGAAGCAGCGAACUGGUUGUGGUCCUUACGAAGAAAAGUACCUAACAACAGCAGAGGAGCAACUGCUUCAGGCUACCGGCAUGGACGUUGCGGUAGAAGGCCUGGGAGAAGUAAGAACUUUUGACAACUCCACCCCUGAAAAAGAGCCUGUCGAAAAGCUUAUGGCAGAGUUUUUAUACAGUGACGAAGACGACGUUCCACCGAAACCCUCAACUAGUCGCAGCGCUACGAAGAGGAGCAAACAGGAUGCUGCCGAUGAAAAGCUGGCCCUCAUUAAAGAAAAUAUGAUCGCGUUUGAAAGCUACCAGCAGAGUAUAGGCGCAAAACUAGACAAGCUCAUAGCUUUGAAGGAGAGGUCGAUGGAAAUGAAAAAGGAAGCUCACAAAGCUUAUAUGGAAGUCAAAGCAAUAGAGCUGCAAAUUAACCGAAUACAAUUAGAAGCCUUAAAAGAAAAUAAAUAA